AUGAAGCUAGCAGGCUAUCAGAACCACGUGUUGAUGGUUGACAGGUUUGGCGACUCAGGUAUGAUCUCCAUUCCUCUGUACAUCCCUCACACGUUGUUUAACUGGAAUUUUGGAAGUGAAAUCUGCAUAUUUUGGCUCAUUAUUGACUAUCUUUUGUGUACAGCAUCUGUCUACAAUAUUGUCCUCAUUAGCUACGAUCGAUACCAGUCAGUUUCAAAUGCUGUAUCUUACAGGGCUCAGCACACUGGUAUUGUGAAGAUUGUCGCUCCGAUGGUGGCUGUUUGGAUACUGGCUUUCUUGGUAAAUGGCCCAAUGAUUCUGGCUUCACACUCUUGGAAGAACAGCACUAACACAAAGGAAUGUGAGCCUGGCUUUGUUACAGAGUGGUAUAUCCUUGCCAUUACAUCAUUCUUGGAAUUCUUUGUCCCUGUCAUCUCAGUGGCCUAUUUUAAUGUACAAAUUUACUGGAGCCUGUGGAAGCGCGGGAGUCUCAAUAGGUGCCCCAGCCAUGUGGGGUUCAUCUCCACCUCCUCCAGUGACGAUGGACCCUUACCCAGAGCUGGGUUGGUUUCCAGAACAUCUCUUCCUGCAUUGAAGGAAUCAGCCCCAUCCCUUCACUCAGAAAGUCCUAGAAGAAAGAGCAGUCUCCUGGUGUCCUUCAGAACUCACAUGAAUAGCAGAUUCAUUGCCUUCAAAGUGGGUUCCUUCUCCCACUCUGAAACCUUAGCGCUUCACCACAGGGAGCACAUGGAGCUGCUCCGGGGUAGGAAGUUAGCCAGGUCACUGGCCAUCCUCCUAACUGCUUUUUUCAUUUGCUGGGCUCCCUAUUGUCUGGUCACAAUUGUUUUCUCAACUUAUGCCGAAGGGAAGCGCCCCAAAUCAGUUUGGUACAGCAUUGCCUUUUGGCUGCAGUGGUUCAAUUCUUUUGUUAAUCCAUUUUUGUAUCCCUUAUGUCACAGACAUUUCCAGAAAGCUUUCUGGAAAAUAUUUUGUGUGAAAAAGCAAUCUGCACCAUCACAGAACCGGUCCAUAUCCUCGUGAGGACAAUGACAUUGCUUUGUCAGUUUCACUGUCUACCUCGUCCAGAUGGAUUUGAGCUUCCAUCUUGCUCUAUAUUCUCCA